GCGGCAGCGUGACGCUCUAAGCAGAUGAGGUGUUUAACCCACAAGCCAAUCAAACUGAACUGCAGCGUUUCAGAGUCGGACCGGAGAGCCGACUGAAGCAGCUUCAGUCCACGGCUCAAAGAGAAACCUUCCUGCAAGGCAGAGUGAGGAUGUAACUGGAGGAAGACUGCUGUAACGGAGCGCGCCGUCAUGGGGGCUCUCCAGGGGAUCUUUACCUUCACAAGCUGUAUGUGCAGCAAUGCUACGUUUCCAGUUUGCGGCUGCUGUCCAAGCAGCAGGAACUCCACAGUGACCAGAAUCAUCUAUGCUUCCAUCCUGUUGUUGGGUACCAUUGUUGCCUGCAUAAUGCUCUCACCAGGAAUGGAGCAGCAACUCAGAAGGGUCCCAGGUUUCUGUGACGACCCGGAAGGGUUCUUCAUUCCAGCCCAUCAGGCAUACUUGAAGUGUGAGAUGCUGGUGGGCUACAAAGCAGUGUACCGCUUCUGCUUCGGCAUGAGCAUGUGGUUCCUGAGCUUCUCCAUUUUUACACUUAACAUCAAGACCAGCAGAGACCCUCGUGCUUCCAUACACAAUGGAUACUGGUUUUAUAAGUUUGUUGCCUUGGUGGCAAGUACAGUUGGUGCCUUUUAUAUUCCAGAUGGGCCUUUCACCUACACAUUAUUUGUCAUAGGCUCUGGAGGAGCUUUCUUUUUCAUUCUCAUCCAACUGGUGCUGCUGGUGGACUUUGCUCACUCAUGGAAUGAGUCUUGGGUGGAAAAUAUGGAGAAAGGCAAUUCCAGAGGCUGGUACACAGCUUUGCUGGCUGUCAUGACCCUUAACUACGUCACUGCGUUUACUGCGGUUGUACUGUGCUACAUCUUCUACGCCAAACCUGAUGCUUGCUCCAUCAACAAGUUCUUCAUCAGCUUCAAUGUGAUGCUGUGCAUCGUGGCCUCUGUUGUUUCUGUGCUGCGCAAAGUACAGGAAUUUCAGCCACAUUCAGGUCUACUACAGUCAUCUUUCAUCACCCUGUACACAGUGUUCUUGACCUGGUCUGCUAUGACGAAUGAGCCUGAUCGAGAAUGCAACCCCAAUCUGCUCAGCAUCUUCCAGCAGAUCACUGCUCCCACAGUUUGGCCCCCGGAAACAGAAAACCAGACGGCCGUGGUGAUCAUCGGAGCCGAGGAACCUGUUCAGACGUCCCCCUACUUACAGUGGUGGGAUGCCCAGAGCAUCGUGGGGCUGAUUAUAUUCGUUCUGUGCAUUCUUUACUCAAGCAUACGCUCCUCAAACACGAAUCAGGUGAACAAGUUGACCAUGGCCUCCAAGCAGUCGGCUGUCCCCAUUCAGGGGCCCAGCAGCAGCAGCGGCAGCGACAUAUUGGAGGGCCCCACGGGCCCCAGGCGGGCGAUGGACAACGAGCGAGACAUGGUCCAGUACAGCUACUCCUUCUUCCACUUCAUGCUCUUCUUAGCUUCCCUCUACAUCAUGAUGACACUCACCAACUGGUACAGCCCAGACGCAGACUACACCAUAACCAGCAAGUGGCCAACAGUUUGGGUAAAGGUCUCCUCGAGCUGGUUGUGUUUGGCCCUUUACAUUUGGACCCUGGUGGCCCCUAUGAUUUUCCCCAACCGAGACUUCAGCUGAUGCUGUGACGAGGGACGGAAUAAUUUCUUGUGGAGAUGGACCUGGAACGGCUGAUCUGUCUGACCAGGAUUUGUUUGUAGAGAAUUGGUGAUCAGGUUAAGUGUGCCAAACCGUAAUGUGUAGACAAGCAUUUAAAGGGUGUAUCUCUGCACUAUGCUUUUAUUUAUAUAUACAGUACAGACCAAACAUUUGGACACACUUUCUAAUUGAAUUCAAUGAGAAGGUGUGUCCAAACAUUUGGUCUGUACUGUAUAUGUAUGUAUCGCUUGUGUUUUUGACCUUAAAAUAAGAAGUACGCUACGCUUAGGUAAGACAAAACCAGAAAUAUGACAUGUAUUUCCAAACAGCUUAACAUACACCUAAGAAAGAAUAGAGUCUAACAAGGGAAUAAUAACCCAGAAGUCAAUAUGAGAGCCUAGUGUCUUCCUGCAGUCAAGAAGGGGAAGUGGAGAACUACAGCCAGAUUAAGUUAAGAUUUGUAUCGAGAUACGAUAGCUAAUCAGAAGGAAGAUGUUACUUGGAUACAUGGUGAUGGGCUACUGCUGCACGUAGGCAACGCCUGAUACUUUCACAGCCUUGAGAUGUUACUCAAGGCCGUGGGACGGAGUCUGUUCCCUCGCUCCCUUUCCUUCCAGACUGCUUCAAACUAGUUUAUGAACUCAGGAACAACUGGGAGUUUCUAAGAUCAGAAACAUGCAGCGUACAAAAUAUUCUGUCACAGACAUGAGAACGAGUUCAUCAGCCGCCUCUCUUAUGACCCUGCACAGAGUUAAAACAGCAGCUUUAAUGACCCGAGAUUAACACACAUCCCAUACAGGAUUUUCAGACUCAAACAUGGUCAGCUGGAAGAUUUAACACUUGAGCACCAACUACAAAGCCUUACAAAUGCAAACAUUUAAAAAAGUUCAUUGUUUAUUCACAUCAACAAUGUUAGCAGAGAUUUUGGCUUCUACUGUUAGCUGAUAAUGGACACAAAUGAGCGUAGUUAAGGAUUUAUUUUAUGUAACCGAGUAAGCAGAGUAAAAAGCUCAUGUUGGAUGAUUAAAAUAAGUCCAUAACCAUCUAAAGUGCUUAACACUCAAAAUAAUAUUCAACUAAUUUAUCAUAUCUGCAGUGAUUCCUUUGGUGUUGUUAUCUGUGUUCCUGACAAGUUCCUAUUUUGUAUUAAAUUAUGGAAAAUAA